UCUUUCGUGUCCACUUCUACUUGCUGCCUCCAUAUCAUCAUCCCACAAUAAUCCAUCAGUCCGUCGAUCGUCGUCGUCUCCUCGAUCCCAUGGCCGCCGCGAGCUUCGACAGCGACGUCCCGCGGCACGGCGGGGCGGCCGGGACCGGCCCCCUCGGCGUGCACGCCGCGUCGCGCAAGAUCGGGAAGCCGGGCGGCGGCGGGCUCGUGCAGCAUCAGGAGCGGAAGCCGGUCAUCAUCUACAUGGUGUCCCCCAAGGUCAUCCACGUCGAGGCCCACGAGUUCAUGCCGCUCGUGCAGCGGCUCACCGGCCCGGACGCCGGCCGCGGGGACAAGAAGGGCAGGCCGUCGACGUCCGGCGGCGGCGCUGGGUCCUCAUUCCCGAGGCGGGAGCAGGAAGGCGCGGGCAGCAAGGGCAGGGCGGCGCCGCCGGUGCGCGUGAAGGCGCGCGCCCUGAACCGGCCGGCCGGCCCCGCGGUGUCGGUGUCGGUGACGGCCACAAGGCAGCAGCAGGCCGCCGCUCCCUCGGCGGCGUCGCCGGCGGGGCUCAUGUUCCACGACCUCAGCCCGCUCCGCGGCGCGGCGCUCAAGGGCGAGCACCACCCCCUGGUGUCCCCCGGGUGGCUUCACCACGUCGGCGACCAUUUCCUGAGCCCCGGCGCCCCGGGCGCGCUCGGGUCGCCGUCCGCCGGCUUCCUCGACAUCUUCGGGCCGCUGUCCUCGCAGCAGCAGUGAUCGGACCGGACCAGCCGGUGAGUGGUGACAUGACAUGCAUGUGGUGGCCAGCACGCGCUAGGGUUUCCCUGCAUGCACCAGUACUCGCAUGAUGCAUGGCCACUUGCUCCUUGAGGUUUUGAUUACCAGGCUGCAGGUUCAUCAGGAAAAUUGUACGUAGUAUAGGUUUUUUCAGUUUUCCCUUCGAUCCAAUCAUCCAAUCGCUUCGCAAGAUCAGACAAGAACUUCAAGCCGGUGCCGCACUUGUCCAGAGGGAAUGGAGAUAGAGAUCAUGGAAUUGGAAGCAAGCUAGUAGGAGGAGGGGAGCAAAGGGGGUAACUACAUCAUAUGUAGAUUAUUGAUGUUCUGUUUGUUCUUUGUUUGCUUUAUUACCACAGUUAAUUAGUAGUUUUGUGAUGUGUAUUCUCUCAAUUAUAAGAAGAUGAUGGCAUUGUUUUGAUCUUGGUGAAAUCCUAGUCGUGCAUUAAUAAUGUAUGUAAUGGUACCAUUUGGUACGCUGCUCAAGGAAAUGACUUAUUUUAUUGGUUCGUUUUA